GGAAGAAAAAGAAAAUUAUAUUCAACAAUUGAAAGAUCAGUAUAAUUUAAUUAAACUCACGCAAGGUUCUUCAGGAGAUGAAUCAGCAUUGUUACUUAACAAACAGAUUGAGGAAUUGACGGAAAAGUUCGCGAAUCACUCCGAACUCAUUCUUUUAAAAGAUAAAAGAAUUUCAGCAUUGGAGAGCGAAAUUGAAUCUUUAAAGAAAUCUGAAUCGCAACAAAAUGGGUUGGGGGGUGAAAUAGAUGAAUUAAACAGCCAGGUUGAAAGUUUAAAACUUGAGUUGGCUUCGAGGUCGCUCGACGAGGCGCGUGAGGGGUUGGUUGCCGAGAAAGCCAUGAUGACAUCACAAUUGGAUGAAUUGAGAGGGAAGGUUGGUGGUCUGGAGGAAAAACUGGCAACGACAUUAGAGAAAUUAUCGAUGAGCGAUAGAUCGUUGGAAUCCUCGCUGGCUUCAACUUCAAGUUUAAAGAAGGAACAGGAAGACUUGUUGAUAUUGUUGUCGGAUCAGGAUACUAAACUUGAGGAAUAUAAAACUUUGCUGAGGGGUUUGGGGCAAGAGGUGUCGGAUGAUGACGUCAGUGACGAUGGCGUCGAUGAUGGUGACGAUGAUGACGUCAAGGAUAAUGACGUAGGCAAUGAUGACGUAAUUGCUGACGAGAAGCAAUCAUAGACAGUCGUAAUUUGAUUGAAGUGCAAUAACUGCGUGUAAAUACAAGACAUUGUUACGUCAUAAUAGAAAGCGCGUUAUAUUUGAAUAAACGUCGAAACGUUCGGUGGCGCAUCUGGCAUUGUUUGGCGAACAAACAACUUUAUUUGGCCUUCAAUUGUCAAGUUUGUUUUCCGUUUCAACGAUAGUCGAUAAUUCACGGGUUUCAGAAUCGAAGGUUUGUCGAGGUAUUGUGACGUAAUAUAAACCUAAUUGUAAUACUAGAAUGGUGUAACAAUCGACUAUUGUUGCGCUGUAAUAAAAAGCGACAUUCGAAGCAGCGUCGAUAGCGAUGGGUUGUGGAAGCAGCAAAGUUAACGAACAGCAACUACCAAAGAUUGUUGUCACCCCAGAUGUUAAGAGGAAAUAUGUGGGUGGGGGUGCCAUCUUACCCCAACCACCAAUCCUACCUGAAACCAUCUUACCCCACCCCGUUCCACCAACCACAACGAAAAACGAGGUUCUUGCCGGGAUUGGAGGCAAACUGACGUCAUUGGACAAACAUGCUGACAAAACGUCAAUAAAGGAAGCUUCCAAUAAUGUUGAUGAUUUCACAUCCGGGAUCUUCAGUGAGUUUAAUAACAGGAUCGUAAACGGGGAAGUACCCAAGUUGCCGACCAUUCACGAGAAAGGAGGAUUGUCAAGCAUCUCGAAGCCGAGCGCUGUCGAUAAGAACGCGAUGUUGGAACGAUUGUUACGUCAGCAAGAGGCCGAGGAAAAGAUGCGAACGUUAGAUAAAGAUCGACAACAAAACAAUCUUCAGGAUAAACUAAUGGAAAGAAUGAAAAGAAAGAAAAGUCAACAAGUGGUAAACAAUGUAACAACGGUGGACUCUGGUGACCCCAUCAUGAACUCUGGUGACCUUUCGUUGAACCUUGGUUUAGACCAAGCACCCAAGCCGCAAGCUCCGGUUACGAAGAAAGAAGCUUUGUAUAUGAAGGAAAAUAUUUCGUUGUUCCGAGAUUUGGAAACAUACGCCGUGAACAUGGAAAGGGUCGAUUCUACUUUGUUUACAUUCAAUAAGUUGAUGACGGAUUUAUUGAUUGAGCAGUUGACCGACUUGGAAAAGGUCCGAAUACUUUUUCAUUGGAUAACUUCUCAAGAUUUAAACGCAAUCAAGUUUCCUUCAGAGAUUCCUGACGACACCCCACUCGGGUAUUUACAUUCAAUCAAACAAGAUACGAAGACAUACGCGGCUCUAUUCCUCCGGUUGUGCAGAGCUGCUGGGAUUCAUUGCAAACAGAUAAGCGGUUACUUGAAGGGGGUUGGGUAUCAACCUGAUUAUAAGUUUCGUGGGAAAGAUGAUCCGUUCAGGGGAAGUUGGAACGGUGUGUUGGUUGAUGGACAGUGGCGGUUGAUUGACACGCAUUGGGGUGCUCGGCAUGUUACAGAAGACGACGAAAUUGCCUCAAAUAACUGGAGGACUGAAUAUAAAUACGAGGAACAUUAUUUUCUAACUGACCCGGAUCAACUCAUCGCCACCCAUUUUCCUGACGAGCCAGAAUGGCAACUUUUGCCCAAAGUUUAUUCGUUAACAGAUUUUGAGUCUACUGCCAAGUUGUGGCCACUAUUUUACAAACUGAAACUUAGUCUUCUGUCGCACGGUGGCGGUGUGGUGUCGACCGACAAUCGGGGAUUUGUUCGAAUUAAACUCGGUGUUCCAAGCUUUGCUCGAAGUGAAGCCAAGUUUAAGGUUGAGUUGCGAACAAGGAAUCGACAAAAGGAAAUCAACGGAAUAUCUCUGCAACAAUAUAUAUUCCAUUACAGCCUCGCAAACGAAGAGGUUGUUGAAGCAUACGUUCCAACUCCUGGGACUUUUCUGCUCAAAAUAUUUGGAUUGUCCAAGAAAUACAGCGAAGAUAAUCUUUUUACUAAUUGUUGUUUAUACCAGAUUAAUUGUGACGUAGUUAAACGUGGUAAUUAUGACGUCACACCACCUUUUCCUAAGGUUACGUCAUAUUAUGGGCCGGGUUUGCUGAGUCAGCAGUGUGGUAUCGAAACGCUGAGUCAUAAUGGUCCUAUUGUUGAUUGUGACGUCAGUGGUGUAGCGGAAGUGGUGGUACGACUGCCCUCUAACGGCGAUGUGACGUUUACCCAAGAUCUUCACGAUGCAACAUCAGCAAACCCCCUCCCAGACCAUUCGUUUCAUUCAAUUCAUGUUAAUGGGGGGUGGUGUGAAGUCACAUUUCUUGCACUACCGCCCUCUAAUGGUUGUUACACACUCACUUUAUAUAUCAGCACGAACAACGACGGGAAGUAUUCUUCAUUCUGUCAUUACCUUGUCAAUUCCAAAGUAGCUCGUGGAGAAGUUUUCCCUGCGGUCCCAAACUGUAGGGUCGGCGACAUUGGGGCAUCAUUGGUUGGUAUGAAGCUCGUAUCAUCUUGCCCCGCGGAUAUCAAGGACGUAACGAGUGGUUUCGUGUCCAACCUGAUCCAUGGUGACCUCACAAUCACGUUCAACCACGCAGAACCAUUGUUGAUUAUAGCGAACCUUUCAACAACGAACGACGAGACAUCGGAAGUGUUGAUUGAAACCUCGGGGUUCUCGUCAACGUUGGUUGUUCGCCCGCCAAUAAAGUGGAACCAAAACUUUGUUUUGUUAAAAGUUUACGCGGCAAGAAUCGACAAAACACAGAAUAUUCCAUCAGUUUUCAACGUUUUGAUGAAGUUUGAGAAAGAUUCGAUAACACCGACCCCCCUACACCACCCACCCACCCACAUAUGGGGGCCAAACCCAAUGUUUCAUCAACUCGGUGUAAAAGCUGUAACUUACGAUAAUACUUCCCCAUACCUACCCACUUACCCACUCAAUUCACCACGUAGGUUGUACAAUGGUGGGAAAGAUAUGACGAUCAAUCUAACCCUUGUUCAACCCCUUCAACUACGAUCGAAACUCAUGAAGUUGAACGGUAAUCCACAACCAUGUGAGGAUAUGUCAUUCGUGCGAACGUCACAACAAUCCAACGCACAUAUCUGCACGAGGUUCAGUGAACCCGGGGAUUAUUCGCUGGUCGUGUACGGAGCAAACAUGGCUGACGACGGGCAACAGUUGUCACCGAUAUUAUACACCUUCAUAUCGGCCACAACGUCGAGCUCAUGUAUCCAAGCUUACCCUUCAUCGCAGGGAAUGUGGGUGAGGAGUGUGUGCCAUCUUACCUCACCUAUGGUUGGUACGAUUAUGAGGGGUGAGGAACAUCCGGUUUGUUUCAAGAUCGGGGGUUGGAGGGACGGAGUUGUGAUGUCAUAUCCUGUUGUCAUGAUGUUGGUCGACGGGCAGCAUGAGGUUGAACCGGACGUACAUAACGACAUCGAGUACGAAUAUAAAUAUCAUCCGAGUCCGGCCGAUAAAGUGGUUGGCAUCGUUGUGAAAGUCGAUGAAACUUCACAGUCGAUGUCGUACGUCUUGCAGUUCAAGAUCGCUUGAUUGUCGGAACAAUUAUGUUCAUAUAUUUAUUGCCUAAGAUUUCUUACUGUGUUGUAUAUUAUCAAUAAACAAUAUUUCUAAAAACAUA